GAAAUUUCUCUGCUAUCACAAAUGUUAAUAUAUUCACGCGAGUUGUAAUCUGACAGUUCUAUUGACCUUAAUUUUGAAAUAAAAAUCAUAUCAGCUGAUAUUCACAAUAUAACUUUACAGUAGAUCAUACAUAAAACACGAUUUGAUAAGUGAUAUAAAUUAAUACUUAAGACACUUUUACCCUCGUCGAAACGAUUUUUGCGAUAACGAUAAGAUUUCAAGAGCGAAAAAAUGCCACGGUUUAGUUUCAAAGUGUUUAGUUUUGUUUCAAUUGUCAUCGCGUGUGUAAGUCUUUCAUCUUCAAAAAUAUUAAGAAUGGAUUCAAAGCCAAAGCGACCAUCACUAGAGAAAUAUAAUGAGAUGAGGGAGGAAUAUUUGAAUACGCAUUUAUCUAGAGCAUUAGGUUCUGAUGUUCUCUUAAAUGAAGAAGAGCAACAGUUUAAUACGAUAUUAAUGGACUUAAAAGCUGAAGAGCUGGCACGUGGAUUUGAAAAUCCAUUUAACUUUACGCCUGCACGACAUUUUUUUGACACCAUGAAAUCCGUCGAAUCAUCUCAACUUUUUAAAAUCAUACAAAAAAUGCCAAAAGGUGCCGUUUUACAUGCUCAUGAUACUGCAAUGUGCUCAACCGACUAUGUCGUGUCAUUGACAAAAUGGGACCAUCUAUGGCAAUGGGGUGAAAUUGAGGGCAAUGAUUUGCCAAAAUUUUUGUUUAGUCGACAAAAGCCUGAAAUAUUAAACAAUGUUGAAUGGAGGCCUGUAAAAGAUGUAAGAAAAGAAAUGGGUGAUGAUGUGUAUGAUAGCAAAAUACGGCAUUUCUUUACAUUGAUCGUUGACAAUCCUAUUACAUAUUACAACAAUAUUAACGUCAUUUGGUCAAAAUUUGAAGACUUAUUUUCUGUGUUCGGUCCCAUAGUAUUCUUUAUUGAUGCUUGGAAAGAUUAUUAUCGCCAAUCGCUUCAAGAAAUGUAUGAUGACGGUGUAAAUUAUUUAGAGUUUCGUGGAGUUUUACCCGAGUUAUACGAUUUAGACGGGAAUACUUACGGACCAAUUGAAACAUGUCGCGCUUACGUGGAUGUCUUAAAAGAAUUUAAAGCAAGUCAUCCGGACUUUGGAUGUAGAUUCAUUUAUGCCCCAAGAAAGACAGUUACAGAUGAAGAAUUUGACACUUACAUUCCUACCUUGUUAAAACUUGUAAAGACUUUUCCCGAGUUCAUUGCUGGAUUUGAUUUAGUUGGACAAGAGGAUAAAUCAAAACCUUUGGCUUAUUAUGCUGAGAAACUUCUUCAAGUUCCUGAAGACAUACAAUUUUUCUUCCAUGCUGGUGAAACAAAUUGGAUGGGAACAUCUUCAGAUGAGAAUUUAAUUGACGCUGUCUUAUUAGGAUCAAAGAGAAUCGGUCAUGGAUAUGCAGCUGUUAAAUACCCGCAUUUAUUAAAAAUAAUUAAGGAGAAAAGAAUUGGAAUUGAAAUUAAUCCAAUAUCCAAUCAAGUUCUUAAACUAGUCGAUGACUUGAGGAAUCAUCCCGCAGCAAUUUUCUUCUCUGAUGAUUAUCCAAUCGUUAUAUCAAGUGAUGAUCCAUCAUUCUGGGGAGCACUGCCAUUAACGCACGAUUUCUAUUUUGCUUUUCUUGGAAUCGCAUCAGCACGACAAGAUUUGAGAACAAUUAAAAAAUUAAUUUUAAAUUCAUUUGAAUUCAGUACAUUAGAUGAAACUCAAAAAGCCUUUGCAAAACAAGUCUGGUUGAAAAAAUGGAAUAGAUUCAUUAAGGAAGCCCUUAAAGACCACAAAUCAGCAAUUUUAAUGCAACAAUGAAAUGUAAAAUUUGAAAUUUUCUUGCUAAAAUUCAAUGAAACCAAAGAUAAUAAAUUGUCUUAAAACCUUAAAUAUUUAAGUAUGUAAGUCUUUAUCUUAAUUUUAUUUUUUUUGGUUCAGGGUGGUCUUGGGGCACGCUUAAAAUUUUAUAGAAUAAGAUUUUUAAAUAAUUUGCACCCGGUACGCACCUGGUAUGUCCACACAGUUUUAAC